AUGGGGAAAGAUGAGGAUGAGAUUAGUGGGGAAAUAGAGGAGCGGCUGAUUAACGAGGAGUACAAAAUUUGGAAGAAGAACACUCCAUUCCUUUACGAUCUGGUAAUUACUCAAGCUCUGGAAUGGCCGUCUCUUACCGUCGAGUGGCUGCCGGACCGGGAGGAGCCGCCGGGGAAGGAUUACUCGGUCCAGAAGAUGAUUCUCGGGACUCAUACUUCGGAGGACGAGCCCAAUUAUCUCAUGCUGGCUCAGGUUCAGCUUCCCCUCGAGGAUGCUGAGAACGACGCUAGACAUUACGAGGAUGACCGCUCAGAUUUUGGGGGAUUUGGCUGCGCCGACGGCAAGGUGCAAAUUAUCCAACAAAUCAAUCAUGAUGGAGAGGUCAACCGGGCUCGAUAUAUGCCCCAAAACCCAUUUGUUAUUGCCACUAAAACAGUUAGUGCAGAGGUCUAUGUAUUUGAUUAUAGCAAACAUCCAUCUAAGCCCCCUGUAGGCAGUGCAUGCAACCCUGAUCUGAGGCUGAGGGGCCACAAUAGUGAAGGGUAUGGUUUGUCCUGGAGUCAAUUCAAGCAUGGUCAUUUAUUGAGUGGUUCUGAUGAUGCCCAAAUAUGUUUGUGGGACAUCAAUGCAACUCCCAAAAAUAAGGCUCUAGAUGCAAUGCAGAUAUUUAAGAUUCAUGAAGGAGUUGUCGAAGAUGUAGCAUGGCAUCUCAGGCAUGAGUACUUGUUUGGUUCAGUUGGGGAUGAUCAGUAUCUGCAUAUAUGGGAUCUCCGUUCUCCAUCAGUCAGCAAGCCUAUUCAAUCUGUAGUUGCUCAUCAAAGUGAGGUAAACUGUUUAGCUUUCAAUCCCUUUAAUGAGUGGGUUGUGGCAACGGGCUCAACUGACAAGACUGUUAAAUUAUUUGAUCUUCGAAAAAUUUCUACUGCACUCCACAACUUUGAUGGUCACAAGGAAGAGGUUUUCCAGGUUGGAUGGAAUCCAAAGAAUGAGACCAUCUUAGCUUCUUGUUGUCUCGGUAGGAGGAUCAUGGUGUGGGAUCUUAGCAGGAUCGAUGAAGAACAGACACCAGAGGAUGCUGAAGAUGGCCCCCCGGAGUUGUUAUUUAUUCAUGGUGGUCACACUAGUAAAAUUUCAGACUUCUCAUGGAACCCCUGUCAGGACUGGGUUGUUGCUAGUGUAGCUGAGGAUAACAUAUUACAAAUUUGGCAGAUGGCAGAGAACAUCUACCAUGAUGAAGAUGAUCUACCUGCUGAUAUGUCAUCCAAUUUUUGCUCCAAGCCAGUGGAUUUGAGUAAAUUUGGGGAUAUCUACGCUGGAGCCCAGAAAAAUGUCGGACAAUGA